AUGACAGGCUGCACAAUCAAUGGCCCCGUCACCAUCAUCUUACCGCCAGUGACCAGGCCUGAAGGGGGUAAUGACCCUAUGUCAGCCACUUCAUUUGUAGAUUAUAUGAAGCACUCACCUGAGGAAGACCAAGAAAACAAGAUGAUGCCUGGCAGAAUGUCUUCAAUCCCCCAACUGAUGCUGAGAGAACUGGAUGAUCUGUCCAAAGCCGAGCUCUUGAGGUUCAAGAUUAUUCUCAAGGGAAGAUCUAAUAUACCAUGGCAGAAGUUGAAGGAAGCUGUCACUGAUGAAAUUGUGAAACAAAUGGUUCAAAAGUACUCUGUGGAAAUCUCUCCCAAGGAAAUGUUGACCAUCUUAAGGACUAUGGGCAAGAACCAGCUGGCCACUGACUUAGAGAGAAAACUAGGCAAAGAAUGUGAUGCAGCACACACUAUUCUCUCAAAGAAGGCGUCACUAAAACAGAAGCUUCAGAAACACUUGGAAAAAAGGUUUUCUGUCGUACAUCAAGACUCCGGAGGUUGCAGUGUACAAGAUAUCUACACUGAUCUUUACAUUGUAGAGGGCCGCACAGGUGGAGUCAACAAUACACAUGAAGUUUCUGCAAUUGACAUGAGACAGACUGGGAGAGAACCAAGAUCUCAAGAUAAGCAAGUCAAAUUGGCAAACAUGUUCACAGACAACUCUGUCACAAAUGUUUUGACUUUGGGAAUUGCUGGCGUGGGGAAAUCUGUUGCAGUGCAGAAAUUUGUGAUGGACUGGGUUGAGAAAAAAGCAAAUCAAGAUAUAGACUUUGUUUUUGUUCUUCCAUUCCGGGAGUUAAACCAGAAGAAAGGUGAAUACUGCAACCUUCUUGAUGUUCUUGAGUCAUUCUACCCUUAUCGGAAAGAUUUGGAAUACAUCCUUGGCUUAAGUGAAUGCAAAAUUCUUUUUGUCCUUGACGGUUUGGAUGAAAGUAGACUCGAGCUGGACUUUGGCAAAUUUAUUUGUACGCUGGAAGCAAAGUCAUCAGUAGACAUGCUCAUAACAAGUCUCAUUAAAGGUAUGAUAGUGCCCUCUGCACUCCUCUGGGUUACAACCAGACCAGCAGCAGCCAGUCUGAUCCCAAAAGAAUGCUUCAACUUGGUGACAGAGGUUCAAGGAUUCAAUGACCUCCAGAAAGAUGAGUUCUUUCAGAACAACAUAAAGAAUCCAGAGAAGGCUAAGAGACUCGUUGAUCAUAUCAACAAGAAUAGAAGCCUCCACAUCAUGUGUCACAUGCCAGUUUUCUGCCGCAUUCUAGCCAAUUUGGUGGACAAAAUACUGGAAGAUCAGAGCAAAGAAGAAUCAGCCAAAACUUUGACAGAAUUGUACACAUUGUAUAGUGUCUCUCAGAUAAAAAGAAUGGAUGACAAAUACUCAGAGGACAAGAAGAUGAGUGCAGAGGAAAAAGGACAGAUCCUUGUUAAACUUGGGAAACUGGCAUUCAAACAUGUGGAGAAAGGCACCCAGAUCUUCUAUGAGAAGGACUUGAAGAAGUGUGACAUUGAUGUAAAUUGUGGAACACUGCAGGCUGGAGUUUGUACACAGAUCUUCAACGUGGAGAGUGCUACAACUGGAGAGAACAUGUUCAGCUUUGUGCACCUCAGUGUACAGGAAUUCUUGGCAGCUCUUUAUGUUCUUAACGAAAAUGCAACUCAUGGGGGAAAUUGCCUUUCGCGGACAUGGAGGGAGAAGAUCGGCUGGCUGUUCUCACACUCAAGGUUUGACCUUUACAAGAUGGCAGUGGAUAAGGCCUUGCAGAGCCCGAAUGGACAUUUGGAUCUUUUUGUCCGUUUUCUCGUCGGCCUUGCUCCAAUGUUGGAGCCAGAAAUCCUGUCCCCCCUGGAUGUGGUGCUGCCACAGUUAGAUGUCAGAGGUGUGAGCAUCAAGAAAACAGUUCAAUACAUCAAAAAGAAAACAAUCAGGGAAGAUAUCUCACCCGAACGGAUUAUCAACCUCUUCCACUGUUUGAAUGAGUUAGGGGACAACUCACUGGAUGAGGAGAUCAACAGGUACAUAAACUCAGCAGAUGAGGAGAAGAACCUGACUCCAGCCCAGUGUUCAGCUUUGGCUUAUUUGCUGCUGAUGUCAGCUAAAGACAUGAUUGAGUUUGAUCUGAAGAAAUACCUGAGAUCAGAGGAAGGUCUCCGAAGACUGCUUCCUGUAGUGAAAGUCUCGAGGAGAGUUUGGCUAAAUCAGUGUCGACUCUCUAAAGGAAGCUGUAAAAUGAUGGCAUCAGUGCUGCAAGGGACACCUUCCCAUCUGACAGAUCUGGACAUUAGUGACAAUGACCUGCAGGAUGAAGGAAUGGAGCUGCUCUGUGUGGGACUAGGAGAUCCAAGAUGCAAACUAGAGACCCUGAGCUGUGAAAUGAUGGCAUCAGUGCUGCAAGGGACACCUUCCCAUCUCAGAGAACUGGACAUGAGUAACAAUGACCUGCAGGAUGUAGGAAUGGAGCUGCUCUGUGUGGGACUAAGAGAUCCACACUGCAAGAUGGAGACACUGAGUCUGAAUAAGUGCCAACUCUCCAAAACAAGUUGUGAAAUAAUGGCAUCAGUGCUGCAAAGGACAUCUUCCCAUCUGAGAGAAUUGGAAAUGCGUGACAAUGACCUGCAGGAUGAAGGAGUGGAAGUGCUCUGUGUGGGACUAAGAGAUCCACAAUGCAAGAUGGAGACACUGAGGCUGAGCGGUUGUUUAAUCACACACAAAGGCUGUUCUUUCUUGGCCUCUGCCCUCAAAUCAAACCCAUCCUACCUGAAACAGCUGGAUCUGAGCUACAAUCACCCAGGGUCCUCAGGUGUCAAAGAGCUCACAGACAGACUGAAUGAUCCCAACUGUAAACUAGAGACUUUCAGAGUUCACCUGCAGUCUCACAUGCGUCUAGAACCACAGGCGCCAUCUCUGAAUGCCCUUAGAGUUCACCUGCAGUCUCACAUGCGUCUAGAACCACAGGCGCCAUCUCUGAAUGCCCUUAGAGUUCACCUGGAGUCUCACAUGCGUCUAGAACCACAGGCGCCAUCUCUGAAUGCCCUUAGAGUUCACCUGGAGUCUCACAUGCGUCUAGAACCACAGGCGCCAUCUCUGAAUGCCCUUAGAGUUCACCUGGAGUCUCACAUGCGUCUAGAACCACAGGCGCCAUCUCUGAAUGCCCUUAGAGUUCACCUGGAGUCUCACAUGCGUCUAGAACCACAGGCGCCAUCUCUGAAUGCCCUUAGAGUUCACCUGGAGUCUCACAUGCGUCUAGAACCACAGGCGCCAUCUCUGAAUGCCCUUAGAGUUCACCUGGAGUCUCACAUGCGUCUAGAACCACAGGCGCCAUCUCUGAAUGCCCUUAGAGUUCACCUGGAGUCUCACAUGCGUCUAGAACCACAGGCGCCAUCUCUGAAUGCCCUUAGAGUUCACCUGGAGUCUCGCGUGCGUCUAGAACCACAGGCGCCAUCUCUGAAUGCCCUUAGAGUUCACCUGGAGUCUCACAUGCGUCUAGAACCACAGACGGCAUCUCUGAAUAACAAUCAGUAUAACCACCAUGAUAGUCUGACAAACUACUAA